CGAUCUUUUUUCCGCUGCUGGUUUUUCCUCCAACAGUCUCGCUGCUCUUACCGCGCUCUUUAAGAAUAAUCGCGGCUUUUAAUGUGUUCAAUGUCUCUGUGACGGCUUUGUUCUGAAAUUUGAAUUAAAUUCCAUUUUAACGUCUUUUCGGAAUUUCAGCUGUUUGAUUCAGUAGCAAACAUGCCAGAUUUUCCGGCGAACAAUAACAAUGGAGAAGUGGCUCAUACUUCCAAAUUGAAAUUCCAGAAUUUAAAAAUCGAAAGUAUGGAUGAUUAUAACAAACUGUAUAAACUUUCCAUCGAAAAUCCAGAAGUUUUCUGGCGCAGUAUUGCAAAUGAAUUUGCGUGGAAGACGGAGCCGACGGGAAAUUUUUACGAGUAUAAUUUUAACCCCGUCAAAGGACCAAUAAAUAUCAAGUGGAUGGCGAACGCUGAGACCAAUAUUUGUUACAAUGCUUUGGAUUUGAACGUGGAAAACGGGCUAGGAAAUAAAAUUGCUUAUUUUUGGGAAGGUAAUGAUGAAGAUGAUAGGUGCUCCAUAACAUAUCGACAGCUCCUGAAACAAGUCUGUAAAUUCGCCAAUGUGCUUAAAGACAAAGGUGUGAAGAAAAGAGAUCGUGUUACUAUAUAUAUGCCGAUGAUAAUUGAAGCUGUCGUAGCUAUGCUUGCUUGCAGUAGAAUAGGAGCUACGCAUAAUGUUGUGUUUGGUGGAUUUUCAUCAGAAUCUCUUGCAGAAAGAAUGCUGGAUUCGAAAAGUUCAGUUUUAGUAACUGCAGACGGAGCUUGGCGGGGAGGCAAACUCAUCAACUUGAAGCAGCUGGCAGAUGGAGCUGUGAGGCAAUGUCAUUCGAACCACUUACAAGUGAAAUGUGUGGUUUUACGUCAUGUUGGAGAAGCUCGUAAUAACAAUAUCAAUGGUUACCAUUGUUCUCAAAGGGGAAAGAGGAUAACCCCAGAACUUCACGUUGCAUGGAAUUCGGAUGUCGAUAGCUGGUGGCAUGAAGAAAUGGCUGUUGCACCUGUUACUUGUGAACCAGAAUGGGUUGAAGCAGAACACCCACUUUUUAUUCUUUACACCAGCGGCUCUACUGGCAAGCCAAAAGGUGUAGUCCACUCUACUGCGGGAUACAUGUUGUACGCAGCCACCACAUUUCAACUCGUAUUCGCCCAUAAAUCAAAAGAUGUAUACUUUUGCACGGCGGAUAUUGGUUGGAUAACUGGUCACACGUACGGUGUCUACGGUCCCUUGCUUCAAGGAGCUACAAGCGUUUUGUUUCAGGGAAUUCCUACGUAUCCCGAUCCAGGAAGAUACUGGGCUGUUAUUGAGCGCUACAAUGUUAGUAAAUUCUACACAGCUCCGACUGCAAUUCGAACACUAAUGAAAUAUGGAGAUUCUUAUGUUAAAAAAUAUAAUUUGAAUUCACUAGAAGUUUUGGGAUCAGUUGGAGAGCCAAUAAAUCCUGAAGCCUGGCAGUGGUAUUACAGAGUAGUUGGAGGAGGAAACUGUGCAAUCGUAGAUACAUUCUGGCAAUCUGAAACUGGUGGACAUGUGAUAACUCCACUGCCUGGUUGUACCGCAUUGAAGCCUGGUUCUGCUACCUUUCCGUUCUUUGGAGUCGUUCCUGCUAUUUUGGAUGACCAAGGGAGAGAAAUUGAAGGCCCCGGAGAAGGUUAUUUAGUUUUCAAAAAACCAUGGCCUGGAAUGAUGAGGAGUCUAUUUGGAAGUCAUGAAAGAUUCUCAACUACUUAUUUUAGGAAAUUCCCUGGAUACUAUUGCUCCGGCGAUGGGGCAAGGAGAGACAAAGAUGGCUAUUAUUGGAUAACAGGGCGUAUGGACGACAUGUUGAACGUGUCGGGACACCUGCUGUCAACUGCUGAAGUGGAGUCGGCCCUUGUAGAGCACACAGCUUGUGUGGAGUCUGCUGCUGUAUCCAUGCCCCAUUCUGUGAAAGGGGAAUGUCUUUAUUGUUUCGUUGUGCUUAGUGAGGGAAUUCUUCCCACCCCGGAACUUGUUCAUGAGCUUAAACAACAAGUCCGGAGUAAAAUCGGGACGUUUGCAUCACCUGAUUAUAUUCACUUUUCUCCUGCUUUGCCCAAGACUCGAUCAGGGAAAAUUCUGCGCAGAAUUCUGAGGAAGAUUGCGAAAGAUGAUAAAGAUUUGGGCGAUUUAAGUACAGUUGCAGAAGAAUCUAUUAUACAAGAUCUCUUCCUAACCAGGCCUGCAGCAAUUAUGACAUGAAGCCAGCGAAGAAACAUUUUCUGUGAUAGAAAUAUUUUAGAAAAAAUAACUUGAGUACACACACAAACAUUGAACAUUUUCUACGAAGAAUCAAAUUUUAAAUGUGUAGUAUUUCGCCCGUUAUUUGGCAUGUGUGUGAUUUUUAACUCAUCUUGUGUCGGUUAAUGUACUUUUAUUUAAUAUCGACUCAAAAAAAAAAAAAAAAAAAAAAAAAAACUUUUUUACAAAAAUGUCAUGAUGCGAACUUGGGAUUUUAAGGAUGUGUUGGUUCGUUCCUUGCUUUUAAUUGGUAAUUUACGAAAAGGUGUUUUCAAAGCUAUGAACUUGUAAAUUAUAUUAUGAAUUUUAUACUUUCAGUAGCUGAAUAAAUUUAAAAGUGAAUGAUGGAUCAAACCCCAAAUUGAUCACUCUUUGCGAAGAACUCAAAAUGUCACACUGAUUCCUUGGUUCUUAUUUUUAAUAGAAUUUUGGUUUCUCAUUAGUUGAAAAUUUAAUUUUUAACCAUAUUUACAAUUUUUCAAUCAUAUAUAUUAAUCAAAAUACGAAAAAGGGGUCUAUAUCGCCAAAAUUGUUGCUGAAUAAAAAUAUUUCAAAAUUAUAUAACGAAAUAAAAUUUAAAAUAGUGCACACAAUGAGUUUAUAACUUCAUUUAGAUCACUGAAGUUAUACUUUUAAAACUAAUCUGUCUCAUUAUUUUCAUAGUUUUUCAUCUUAUGAUUGUACCCGAACGCUCAAUACGUAUAGCUACACGGGAAUUAUCUCACUAUUAAAUUGAAUCUUUUAUUUUGAUUUUAUUAAUUUGUUUCAAAACACACAUACCUUCGUGAUGAAGGUGUUUCAAUGUGCAUUAAAAACUAUUGGCUAGUAAAUCUCGAUGGUAAUGAUUACAUAGUAAUCUUCCUUUCUUAAAAAAAAAAAAAAUAAUAAUCUGGAACUGCUUUUUACCUGAAAAAUACUUGAAUCCGUUUGCAACCGUCAAUUCUAUUCAAUUACAUGGAUGUGCGCAUACAUGCGCUUCAGUGAUGAACCAGAAAAUUCUAAAGCAUAUGCGCUUAAGAUGCGAAUGACUGAGUUACUGACAAGUCCGUUUCAUAUCAAAACAUUAAGUUAUGGAGUUAUGGUUAUAUUCUACUUAGUAUAUAUUGUGGGACAUUCUUAGUUUUAACUGGGAUGAAGUAGAAAUGUUUGUAAAUAAAAUACUUUGUGUAUUGUGUGUAUAGAAAACGUCAUUCCAAACUGUCAUUGUUUAUAGCAUUUAUUAUGAAGCAUUUGAAUAAAAGGAUCAUGAAACCAG